UGCGCGCUUAUGUGCGCGUGAAUGUAAUGUAAAAGCCGCACAUUUGAGUUGAAAACCAUAAAAGGAGUUCAGAAAGUUUUUUUUAUUUCAUUUGCUAGUUAUUACUGUUUAAUUAGUUUAAUUUAUAAAAAUGGCUGAUUCAGAUCUUGAAGAACUCCGUAAACAAAGAUUAGCACAAUUACAGUCGCAGUAUAAGCAAGGUGACAAUGCCAACAAUCAGCAAGCAGCAGUUGAAAAACAACAACAAAUGCAAGACAUGCGAAACUCAAUACUUAGCCAAUGUCUUGAUCAAGCUGCAAGAGCCAGAUUAAAUACCCUAAGUUUAGGUAAACCUGAAAAAGGAAAAAUGGUUGAAAAUAUGAUCAUUGCUAUGGCACAAAGAGGACAAAUUCCAGGAAAAUUGGGAGAACCAGAGUUAAUUAAUAUCUUGGAAUCUAUAAAUAAACAAACAAAUAAAAGUACUCCUACAGUCAAAUUUGACAGGCGCAGAGCAGCACUAGAUUCAGACGAUGAUGACUUGUAAUAUAACAGCGGAAAACAUAACAAUAUCUUUAUUUCCACUUAACACAUUUCCACUUAACACUGAGUUUUAAAUGCUAUACAAGAAUAGGAAUAUGCUUACUGUACUGAUAUUUUAUGAAUUCUUUUUCUAUACUAUACUAUUGUUAAGAAUAGUUGAAGUUAAAAUAUAUAAAAUAUACAAUUUACGAUCGAAUCCUCAACGACCAUGUUAAUAAUUUUGAUUAAUGAAUAUUAAAUACAGUUUAAAAUACACAACAAAACACAUUUUCAUGUCACUCCACAUAUUCACAUAAUAAAUUAACUAAAGUAUUGUCACAUCUGGAAAAAUGGUUAAAUGCAUAAAAUAACUAAUUCUC